CCUGGACCGCUAUUACAAUCUGAACUCGAAGUCCCGAGAGGUCUCGCUCUCCCCUACCGCAGCCUUUGCGCUCAGAAGCACGGUCGGGGCGGCUACAUUGUGUCUAUUGUAUUGGAUUUUCCUUUCUCCCUCCUCUUUGCCUGCUAUUAUUUUGUUCAUUUCCACGGGAGGUUAAAAUCGCGAAUGAGAAAGCAUGGCUGAUGAACAGGAAAUCAUGUGCAAACUUGAAAGCAUCAAAGAGAUCAGAAACAAGACUUUGCAAAUGGAGAAGAUCAAGGCCCGCUUGAAGGCUGAAUUCGAGGCUCUGGAAUCUGAGGAAAGGCACCUCAAGGAAUACAAACAGGAGAUGGACCUCCUGCUGCAGGAGAAAAUGGCUCAUGUGGAGGAACUGAGACUCAUCCAUGCUGACAUCAAUGUUAUGGAGAACACAAUCAAGCAGUCGGAGAACGACCUCAAUAAGCUCUUGGAGUCUACCCGCCGUUUGCAUGAGGAGUACAAGCCUCUGAAGGAGCAUGUGGAUGCCUUGAGGAUGACUCUGGGCUUGCAGAGACUGCCAGAUUUGUGUGAGGAGGAAGAGAAGCUCUCCCUUGACUACUUCGAAAAGCAGAAAGCUGAAUGGCAAACAGAACCACAGGAACCUCCUAUCCCAGAAUCUUUGGCUGCGGCUGCAGCUGCUGCUCAACAGCUGCAGGUGGCCAGGAAACAGGACACCAGACAGACAGCAACAUUCAGACAGCAACCCCCACCCAUGAAGGCUUGCUUGUCAUGCCAUCAGCAGAUCCAUCGGAAUGCACCAAUCUGCCCUCUCUGCAAAGCCAAAAGCCGCUCUCGGAAUCCAAAGAAGCCCAAGAGGAAGCAAGACGAAUGAAAGCCUGCCAAGGAAGUUUGUGACCCAACCAGACCCCAACCAUGCCCCAUUUUUCAGUAGAACCAUAAAUGUGACCAGCGUCCAUCUGAGUGCAAAAUUACAAGCCUGACUUUAGCUUUUGUUUCUAUUUAUCAUGAUGUUAAGCACAACUGUUUCAUUUUGGACCUUAUUUUCAUCUUUUGAUUUUCUGCUUUAUAGGAAGUUAUUAAGAGGCAAUGGUGCUACAGUUUGUGACAUGUUGGUCAUCCCACCAUUUGGACUCCUACGCACAAGUAGAACCUGUACCACCCUCAGGCUGAAGAACACCUGGUACAGAGAAAAGAAAGGCUUUUAUCUGAUCAGUGAUAACAUGCUUAAUGUUUUAGAAAAACAAACUGAAUGAUUUUCUACUCAGCUUGCUAAAACAUCUUUGUUUUCCAUUCCACGUUUCAUUCCAUUCCUCCACUAGUUUUGUAUCAAGCUUUUAUGCUAGUUUCCAGAGCUGAAGAGUCUUUAAGUGGGCAAAACUGUGUAUGUCUGAUUUUAUGGGAAGUGUGUCUUUACUCACCCAUUCCUCUUCCAGUUAUAAUCAGGGGUAUGUGUUAAGGGAAUCAGUAUUCUGCACUACCUGGAAACACUGAUCAAUUACCUUAUCUGUUCAUGCAAAUUUGCAUUCGACUGUGCUAUUAUUUGCAAUUUUUACUAUUUGGACAAUGCACCCCACUUUUGCUAAUCAUGGGGAGGGCCAAGGAGCCUGUACACAGGCUUGCCUUCUGGCUUAGGGAAAUACUAUUUGACCACUAUUUUGGCAUCCAAUGCUUUAGCAAGUGUUACCCACACAAAGAAAAACAUUUUUAUGUUUGCAGUGUUAAGGAAGUAGGCACUUGCUGAAAAGAAGCGGAAACUUCUGCAAGACUUUUUGUGCUCCUGCAGAGACAUAGGAAGUUGCUUUUCACUGGGUGGCUAUGGUCCCCCUCCACUGUUGGAGGCAGUAUGCCUGUGAACACCUGUUGCUGGGAACUGCAAGUGGGGAGAGUGCUGUUGUGCUCAAGUUCUCCUUGUGGGCUCCUGCUGGGCAUCUGGUUGGCCACUGUGAGAAAAGAGUGCUGGCCUUAGAUGGACCUUAGAUGGACUAGCCGCCAGGCUCUUAUUUUCAGGUUAGACUAUUUGCUUCCUUAGCCCAGAAUUGUGACUGACAGCCUGUGACAAGCAGGGUCCCCAACAGAGAAAGGCCUUUUCCCUGUUCCCUUUCAAUUUAGGGGGUGAAGAAUCUCCCAUCUGCAGGCCAAACAUGGCCCCCUCUGUCCAGCCUACAGGACUCUUCACCCCAGGCUGAACCCUCACUAGCCUUGAUCUGUGCACUCCUUGAGUGCUUUUGCCUGACUGGAACCUGCCCCUGAUCCAUGAAAAUGCCUCUUGCUUGCCUGGUUGGUAGAUGAAGAAAUGUAGCUUACUGUACAAAUGUAAGAGGCUCUAUUAUUCUGCCCAUUUUGUCUGGCAUGCAGUCCCAGGAAAGUUGCCCAGAAGGGAGUACAGCCUUAUGGGUGAGAAGGUUCCAUGUCCAUCUUUUAACUGCAAAUAUCAGGGUUUGGACCUAGUCUUCUGCACUGGUGGUUUUUGGUCUUCUACUGUGCUUGAUUAUGGCACACACAUGAAGAGCCCUGGUGGCUACCACCUGAGUGAUGCAAAAUGAAGAAAAGAAAAGCAUCCUCUUCUGAACUAUCAACAGACAAGACUGAGUCAGCAUUGAGACGUUUAUUCAGGGUGGUGAUGCCAUGAUGGCCAAAUUAGUUCUCUGGCACGGACAAGUGUCUGAGUUAUUUUAACACAGUGAAGAGAUAACUUUUGUUGUUCUUGGUAACGUCAGCUACAAAGCAAGCAAUAUAACUAGGCUAUGUGAUUGAGUAUUAACAUUUGGGCUUACACUGCCCAUGCACAGUCCAAUGAUUUAUAUAAAAGGCUAUUCAGCAUAAAUGUAGGAUUAUAAAUGUCUGUUUGCUUUACAUUUGUGCAGUAUUUUUUAAAAGUGUGAAUCUUUCAGAUGCUUUUCACAUUUCUAGUCCUUAGAUGUAAUGGGGAGGGGGGAGUAUGGGGCCCUCCAGAUGUUGCUGAACUACAACUCCCAUCAUCCCUAACCAUUGGGCAUGCUUGCUGGGGCUUCUGGCAGCUGGCGUCCAACAAUAUCUGGAGGGCCACCGAUUCCCCACCCCUGAUAUAAUAGGAUCUAUUAUUAGCCCUUUUGUAGCCUAGAAAGAGUCUGAUUUAGGAACAAGUGAGAGUGCAUCCUUUUUUGGGACCAACUAAAAUUGUAAACAUUGGAAAAAUGUUCUUUUCUGUUGCUACAGAGAUGUCAAGAAUAGCUAUUAAAGGGACAGUGUAUUAAAACACCAUUUUUGUUUAGCUAUCCUGUUUCACAUGCUGCUAGGUUUGGGAUUUUUGCAUUUUUUUAUUUAUUUAAUCAGAAACAUAUAGUGCAAUAACAUUAAAAUAAAACUAAGGAGAAAACAAUACAAUUGCAUGAAAAUCAAAAUUAACCCCCCCCCCCAAUAUUGGUUGCAUUCACAAUUCCUGGAAAAAAUAAUUGUUGAUUUGGAUGGUAGUAACAAGUCCUUUAAAAAAAGAUUUCCUUUGUUCAUAAAUAUUGGGAUGUUGUCCUCACGUUCUUUUUUCAGAGUUCAGUUUAAGCUGAAAAGUUUCUAAGAAUUCAAGAUAGUAGCAUAUUUCAAAACGGCAUUUGAACAUUGUUAUCAUUGUUUAUAUAUAAAAUAAAUUCUUGCUAUAUAGUUGAAAAUGAAUCUUUUUGCUUGCCCUUAAUUUCUGAGUUAAUUUUUCAGCAAUAGCUAUGGGCCUGACUUGACUAUACCAUUAAUCUUUAUUUAAUCUCUAAGUAUUCCUAUUUAUUUAUUUUUUGAUAAUCAUCCUGGCAACAAACAAAUAAAAUAUAAAUUCAUUACUUUUUCAAAAGUAUUUUGAUUUGGUCCAUCCCAUAUCCUCAAUAAUGUUAAAGAUAGGAUUGGUAUGAAUUUUUGUUUGUUUAUUUAAAAAAAUAUUAAAUUAAUUUCUAGGAGCAGCAUUUCAUGAAAAACUUCCACUGAAUGACAUUCCCUCCAUAAUUGUAAAUAUGCACUCAUUUGGGGGAGAGGUUGGGGAUUAUCACUAGUGGAACCUAAAACUGAUCAUAAAGGUCAUUUCGUUAAUUCUUGCUGAUUUCAUAUGCCCCCUGCUGCAGUUUCUUUUCCAUUUUAUGGGAUCAGUAUCAUAACCUAAAUCAUUUCCCCUACAUUUUUAUAAUUCCAUUAGAUCACCUGUGCCUCAUUUUGUUAAUAUUUUAUAAAUUGGGGUCAUGCAUCCUUUGGCAUUGAAAUUAUGUGCCAAUAUCAGGUUUUUGAAUGGUUGCAAUUCUCUUUUUACUUGCUGUUUAAUAAUAUAUUUUACUAUAAAGGAACUAACUCACCUAAGCUCAAACCAAGAGUACUCUUACUGAUUAUUAUUGCAGAAAUUCUUAAUUCUAUAAUAUCCCUUUAUUAACCAUUUAAAAAAAUAUCUGGGUUCUAUUAUUAUAGAACAGUGGAUGAUGCCAAUGGAAGUAAGCAAGGUCUUAAUUGAAACUGGAUGCCUCCAUCUAGACUGCAAAAUUGUAACUCGUUUUUAUGAAAGGCUUUGAACCCAAUUCUACACCCUUAAGGUUUUUUAUUAAGUAAAAAACCUGCCACUACCAGGAAUACAUCUUGACUAUCAUUCACACCCCACACUUUAACAUCUUCUUUCUUUACUAAUAGCAGAAUUUGUCUUAAUUGGUUUGCCUCAUGAUGUUAAAUGAAUAUUGGGGAUACCCCCCAUCUCUUUUCCUCUUUUGACUUUUAAAAUCUGUGGUCUUCUCCCCCAAAUAUAUAGCCUUCUAUUAACUUUUGCCAAGAGUGUAUUGUUUUAUUGGAAAUAAAAAUUUGUAAAGCCUGGAAAAGAUA